UCCUACAUUUUCAAAAGAGCAGCAAAUUGCAUUGUUUAGAAUUACAAUGCGGCGUAGAAUGCGCGUCGAGAAAUGCCACGUCCUGGGUCAGUCACGGCGAGGGGUGCCAACGGUCAACAUGCGAGGUGCUGCGGCUCUUUUCCUCAUCCUGGCUGUUUCAGGAAAGUGUGACGGAGUGGAGAAGCGAUGGAAAAGGACAUGGGACACGGACUCCUUGGAUAAUUGGGAAGGAAGGAACUCCCCGUGCGAGGGGAAGGCGGCCAUCCUCCCUCGCCAUCCGAGCCACCCGAUCUUCCUCAGCGAUGACAUUUCACUUGGAUCGCUGGAGUUGCCAAUUGAUGGAGAGCUGAUCCUAGGCCAGGAAACGCACAUGGUUUUUGAUGACAAGGCAAAGACUCACUGUCAAGAUGCCAAAUGGACCCACAGUGGAAAUGAUGAAUGGUGGGACCCUGAUGGUUGGUGGUAUCCUGGUUAUGGCGAUCCCACGUCCUCACCAGUACCUCACGUCCACCGGGUACCCUGCACGAAGGACACGGCAGUAUUCGUGGAUCCAAACCAGUCUCUGUACAGCGUCCACCUAACUGCCCCUACUAUAAGGGUCGCUAGGCUUACUAUUGGUGAUAAGAACUACACCACAUCCCAGCUGGCUACAUACGCCCAAACUGCAGAGGGUUCCUUCAGGUUUGUUGGGGCUUCUUCAAGCACAGAUGGAGCUCAGCUUUAUGUAGAAGAACCUGAACCAUGUACAGAUGUGACUGGUUGUUUCUGUACGAACCAGGAUGCUGAAGCUAAAAUCUGUGGAAUCAAAUCAUCCAAGUGUCCUGCAGCACCUUGUGAUUUAGCCCAAAAUAUGGAGGGAUUCUGCUGCCCUGUUUGUGGUGCAGAGGUCAUCAUUAGCCACAAUGGCUCACUGCCUCUUCAAAGUAUUUUGACAUUACUGCAGAAACACAUGAAAACAGUAGUAGCAAACAAUGUGCAAGGAUAUGCAGCUAAAAUGGGUGACGGACUGUAUCAUGUUUACUUUACUUCUUCUUCUGAAAUUGGCGAUUACAAAGCAGCUUCAAAAAGUUUCAAAGCUAAAUUUGAGAAAGAGCUCAAUUCAGGAGGAGUCCAUGCAGCCAUUGUAUCAUUCUCUGGCAGCAUAAUUCCACCAACAACUGAUUCUACAUCCAGCAACUUACUGUCUGUCUUCAUCACCCUCACCAUCAUAUUUGCGGUGGCUGCUGCUGUGUAUUACUUCAAGCAACGCAGGGCAGCCUCGCAGCUAUCAUUUAUGUUCCGUCGCCUGGAGAGUAGCAGCCGAAGAGUGUCAGUUGUGAGUCAUAUGGGUGACAGACGUGCUUCAACCUCCUCCAGUAUUUUUACAUAUACAAGAGAUGGAGGUCUGCGAUUCCAGAAUCCUAUUUUCAAUCAGUCUAUGGCAUCCCUAGCAGAAGCUAAUGCUACAUCAGUGAUUAAUGAAAGUGCACUUGGUGAACAACUAGAUGGAGAGAGAGAAAACCCAGUUUAUAAUGCAUAUGAACAAAUGUCUCCUGAGGAACGACAGGCAAAUGAGGAAACACUCCAAGCCCGAGAGAGAAUACUGGAGGCGGCAGGAGACCUUGCUGCUGUUCUUGAAUCAUCUGUUCAAAACAUGGAUGCAAAGCCUGGAACAUCCAGGACAGAUCUUGAAGUCAUAGCAGAAGAAAAGGAAGCACGAACUGUUGCAAGUAAAGGAGGAGAACCAGACAAAGAUGACAUAGAAGAGACAUCAGACAUAGAUCCACUGGGAGUAGCAAUUGCAAGCUUCCCUGACAAAGAUUUCUUGGACAGCUUGGAUACAUCACUUCCAGAGAAGUCAACAGAAAAAGUGACUGACACAGUUUCCAAAGUAGAUGAAUUUCAGAUGGUAUCAGUAGAUGAGCUAGGAGCCAGCCUUGUGAAUAUUGAUGAUCUAGCAACAGAGGUAACAUCUCAGGACCUAAUUACAGAAGGAAAGCAAGAUUCUCCAAAACCACAUGAAACAUCUGAUGUAACUGAUGCUGCUAAAGAUGAUGGCUCUUCCUCCGAGUCAUCACUUGAGGAGGGACAAAAGGAUGAGGGGGAUACAAUGGACGUUCAGGGUUUUGAACCUUUUGGAGACUUUAGUUUUGACAGUUAAGGUGUUUUGGGAUUAUUGGUGGCAUACUUCUUGCAUUGAAAAUUAUCCCUUUAUAAAAAAAAGUGUAUAUAUUGGUUUAGUAACCUUUAAUAUUAUAAUAAUACAGUUAGUAUAAUGUAACAUCAUUUACUAAAUAUAACUUGACUUUUGUUGGAUUAUAGUUGUAAUAAAAAUAUUUACUUUUCAACAUU